GAAUACAAAAUCCAGAGUCCGAUGUUCAUCAUCUGAGAAGAGGCGACCCAAGACUUCCACAAAUAAAGUAUCCAUUACGUCAUUCCUGAUGAUUAUACUGACUACAGUUCUAUUUCCAAUAGCAGCAUCACAAGAUUUACAAAAAAGACAUAUAUCUCUGAUUAUUGAAAAUGUGGAUUAUAAACCUGGAAUGGAGGAAAACAUGUCUCGAGAGUUUAAAGACCUUGCCGAUACACUUUGUGUCGAGUUUAGCGGCAUGUUUUCAAACACAGAAGUUCAGAAAGGACGUCAGCACCAAGAAGAUGCUUGUCAUGUAGAUAGUCUGAGGAAAACUACAGCUGGAAAGGUUGAAGUGAGAUUAACUCUCGAAAACUUGAACCAGAAAAUCACAGAAACAGAAGACGGACUUCUAAAUACCAUUCUUCAGAAUUCAAAACACCUCACUGAAGACGGGAAGGCCUUGAUUGAUAUAAAUAAAAAUCUAAUACCAAUAUCUUCUAUACAUAUUACAAACAGCCCUGAAUCCGGACCACAGAUAUCAAACCCACUCUUGGAGAGCGAACGACUGAGGCGAACGGUGAACACAUCCCCGACCCCACUGGUCAGUGAGGGCAGUAAGGUGGUGACCACCACCCCCAAACCUCCAGUUACCACCGUAGAGAUCGUGUGGGCCACCAAUUGGUGGGACGUUUUCCUAUCCCGGUACAACUGGGGAGGGACGGAGGAAAUAUUUGGACCUGACACGGGGUCAACUCUAUCCAGACUUCCGGAAGUAGACAACUGCCUGAUGGAGGACCCUUGUCAGAAUGGCGGGAAAUGUGUGAGUGACGAGGUUUCUUAUUCCUGUGUUUGUACGGAGGGCUGGACGGGACAACACUGUGAUAGAGAUUUGGAUGAAUGUCGAAGGAAUCCCUGCAAUGGCCGACCCUGUACCAACACCUUGGGGUCGUACAGGUGUGAAUGUCCCAGCGGAUACACAGGGACCGACUGUACACAUGAUUUAGACGAAUGUGAGAACAGUCCAUGCCAGAAUAAUGGAGUUUGUACAAACACACAGGGCUCUUUUACCUGUGAGUGUCAACAAGGGUGGACCUCUACAACCUGUGAAGAAGAUUUGAAUGAAUGCCUUACCAAUCCAUGUAAAGAAGGCAGUAGAUGUGUAAAUAAUAAGGGAUCCUACACGUGUGAAUGUGACAUAGGGUGGGAAGGAACAAACUGCACUAAAGAUUUAGACGAAUGUGAGAACAGUCCAUGCCAGAAUAAUGGGGUUUGUACAAAUACACAGGGCUCUUUUACCUGUGAGUGUCAACAAGGGUGGACCUCUACAAAUUGUGAAGAAGAUUUGAAUGAAUGCCUUACCAAUCCAUGUAAAGAAGGCAGUAGAUGUGUAAAUAAUAAGGGAUCCUACACGUGUGAAUGUGACAUAGGAUGGGAAGGAACAAACUGCACUAAAGAUUUAGACGAAUGUGAGAACAGUCCAUGCCAGAAUAAUGGGGUUUGUACAAAUACACAGGGCUCUUUUACCUGUGAGUGUCAACAAGGGUGGACCUCUACAACCUGUGAAGAAGAUCUGAAUGAAUGCCUUACCAAUCCAUGUAAAGAAGGCAGUAGAUGUGUAAAUAAUAAGGGAUCCUACACGUGUGAAUGUGACAUAGGAUGGGAAGGAAAAAACUGCGCUGAAGAUAUCGACGAAUGUAAAAAUCAACAGCCCUGUGCCAAUGGUGGUUUAUGUAAAAAUACAGAUGGUUCCUUUGAGUGCACAUGUGUACCGGGAUGGACUGGAGGAAACUGCACAGCUGACGUGGACGAAUGCCUAAACUCUCCGUGUGGGGAAGGUGUUCCUUGCUUUAACACGGAAGGUUCAUAUUCCUGUAAAUGUCCUCCGGGAUGGACAGGCAAAAACUGCACAGAAGAUGAAGACGAAUGUCUAGGCGAUUCUGAACUUUGUAGUAAUGGAGGGAUAUGCAACAACACAGCUGGGGCAUUUAAGUGUGAAUGUAGCAGUGGCUGGACUGGGAAAUUAUGUGACCAAGAUGUGGACGAGUGUGUGGAGUCGCCUUGUCCCGAAGGUAGUAGCUGUGUGAACCUGAUCGGAUCCUUCACGUGUGAAUGUAUGGAGGGAUGGACAGGACAAUAUUGUGAAACAGAUGUAGAUGAAUGUUUACUUACUGACUGUGGUAAUGGCGGCACCUGCUUGAACUUCAAUGGCUCUUAUGGGUGUGACUGUUCUCCGGGAUUUACUGGUACCCCAUGCGAAGAUGUUGAUGAAUGCCAAGACAGUCCAUGUUCCAACGGGGCGGCUUGUGAGAAUAUUCAUGGAUCUUUUGUAUGUAAAUGUGACUCAGGAUGGGAGGGGAAACAGUGUGAUGAAGAUGUGGAUGAAUGUGUUCAGAAUCCUUGUUCUAAUGGAGGAGUUUGCCAGAAUGUAGACGGAUCCUACCAGUGCGACUGUCCACAACCUUGGGUUGGUCAGGACUGCACAGCGAGAAUGUUUUUGAUGGGGGCUGAAGGACAGUUUGGUUCCAGUGUAACUAUCAGCUGUGGUGUUCAACGCUUGGAGACCUGGAAUUCAAUCGAAGUCAAAUAUGGUAACAGAACCUUAUACCAGGUCAAUCCGGACGGACUGUUCACGGACUUUACCGGUGGUGGGGUCAAAAUCAACAGUAGUGUCGUGGGUAGUGGGGCAGACGUGUCCUUGACCUUUCAGAAUCUGAGGUGCGAGGAUGAGGGGAAAUACCAGUGUACUGUAGACGGAAAUUCUAAAAAUACCAUGAACCUGGUUGUGACAAAACCUCCGUCUGGAGAACCGACCCGGAUUUCUAAAACAGAGGGAGUUGUGGACAAUCGAAGAACCAUAAAUAUCCAAUGUCAAGGACACCCAUCCUACCCCUAUGGAAAUCUGAAGUUCCAAGUCAAACAACAAAAUGAAGCUGUUUACAGAGACUUUCAAUUUCCCGUGCAAGUUCAAGACGAUCUUACUGCAGAUUGCUCACGUACACAAACUAUGUCUGUUGACUACAAUUUUGGACAAGAAUGGGACCAGGCCACGAUUCGAUGUAUUGAGGAGGAGUCCGGAAAUUUCGAUGAAACUGUGAUAGAUGUCCUUCCAGAUAAUUUCUGUGAAAGAGCAUCCACUGUGACAGAAAUAUUCCUUGAACAUCCACACAAUCCAAAAAAAUAUGUGCAGUGCCUGAACCAACUACCAAGGGCCGUUAUGGAAUGCGAUGUCGACACGUGUUUUAACGAAAAUGAACAACAGUGUGGAUCCUGUGUUAAAGAAUGUCAGAUAAACUUGUGUAAAAACAAAGCAUCUUGUUGGAUAAUAAACGGCAUUCUUUCCUGUCAGUGUCCCAGUGGAUGGAGUGGAUCGUUAUGCGAGAUGGAUGAGGAUGAGUGUAUAUCGUCCCCUUGCCUUCACGGUGGGUCGUGCUAUAACUUACCAGGGACCUACAUGUGUAACUGUACAGCCGGAUGGCAGGGACCUCUCUGUGAUAUGGAUGUUGAUGAAUGUUUGAUGAAUCCCUGUGCUAAUGGAGGGCAAUGUACCAACACUAUUGCUUCCUAUACGUGCGCAUGCUCGCCAGGAUGGACGGGAAAACAAUGUGAUACAGAUAUUGACGAAUGCUUAUAUUCACCUUGUCAAAACGGUGGUACGUGUGUAAAUGAACCAGGGGCGUAUUCCUGUACUUGUCCAAGUGGAUGGACGGGAGCAUACUGUGAACAGGAUGUUGAUGAAUGUUUGCUGAAUCCUUGCAUUAACGGAGGGAGCUGUACUAAUUUGAUUGGAUCCUUCUCCUGUGACUGUCCCCAACCCUGGUUCGGAAAGAUCUGUGAGAGUGGUCUGUUUGUUGACGGACAUCGUGGAGAGAUUGGGUCAGAGAAUGUAACAGCCGUGACAUGUUCAGUUUUUAAUUACCAAGACUGGAAGCGCCUUGAUAUCAUUCGGAGUGAUAAAAGGAACAGAUCAGUUGUUCGAGUUACUCCUAAUGGUGGUGCUAACUCAGUUUUCAAUAAAAGAAAUGUUCAGGUGAUUUACACACCAGGAAAUGCACAGCAACCGGCGGAAGUGUCCUUACAGUUUACGCGCUUGCGCUGUAGAGACGAAGGCGUGUACAAAUGUGUUUUAGACAAUGGUCAAAACCAGGAUGCGAAAAUAAUUGUUACAAAUCCAUCCCGCGGAAAGCCUGUUAUUUCAAAGAUUGAAGAGUUGUAUGGCGAAGCUAAUAUCGCGUUCAACUGCACAGGAUACCCUGGUUACCCGGAUGGUGACCUCCAGUUUCAGGUCAAACUUCAAAACGAAACAGCCUUCCAUGAUUUUACAUUUUACAGCGCUACAAGAGAAAACGUCGACCUUGGAUGUGUCCGAAAACAAACUGUCAACGCCACUUACUUCAUGAACAUGGAAUGGAACAGGGCAAAGAUAAGGUGUAAAGCCAGAGGCUCCGAACAGUUCGACGAAACGAAUGUCUAUCUUUUAUCACCCGAGAUUUGUGCAGCUGUGCCCCUAAAUAAAGGCAUUCGUCAUCCAUACAACAAAGAAAAAUACAUCACUUGUACAAGAGAGGCGCCCAAAGUCCGAAACUGCCCGAACACCACGUGUUUUGAUGACAGAAGCCAACAGUGUCUGUUCACAUGUGACAAUGACGAUUAAAGUAGAAAAAGCUAUAUUUAAUAAUUAUAAUAGAAAUUUAUUUUAGAAAGUCAUUUUGAUGCACUAAAAAUGACUUAAUCUUCCUUGUUGUUCAUAGUUAAAUAAAUUGUUUUUUUCCUCACAA